UUUACCACAAUUAAUGACCCUUUCUAUAACCAUUUCUCAAUAGAUCAAGGCUUAUAAUUUGGCUGCAUGUCCAACCCUGCCUGAAUUCCUGGAAACAGCUUACAAAACUCAGAAGUCUUUGAAAAAGAACGAGCAAUUUCGCAAGCGCAUAGAGGUCAUCCAAGGGUUUGAAUUCAACACUGCCUCCACUCAAAUCGAAGAGAGCAAUGAUCAAUAGUACAUUGUUGCCGCUGGACUCUAUGCUCCAUCAAUAAAGAUAUUCGAAACAUCAUAAUUGUCCAUGAAAUGUAGUCGAGGCCUUGAUUCAGAAAUAGUAAAAUUUUGCAUAUUGGGAGAUGAUUACAAAAAAAUUGCUAUGGUUUGUGAGGAUCGCAAUAUUGAGUUACAUGCCCAAUAUGGAAAGCAUUUCAAACUGAGAGUUCCCAAAUAACCAACUGACAUGGUAUUAUUUAUGAGUACUAUUUAGAUUUAUAAUCCUUACAAUUGUAAUUUGUUGGUGUCCUCUCAGAAUGAAGACAUCACUAGAUUGAAUCUUGAACUUGGUUCAUUUGUAGAAUCAUACACUCUUUAAUAAGAGACAGGAGUGAACUGUUUGAGUAUGCACGACUAAUUGUAAUUGGGUCUUGUGGGAGGCAAUAAAUAACUGAGCAUCAUCGAUUUUAGAAGCGAUUAAGUCGUUUAGCAAUUGGGAGUGAGUGAUGUCACUAGCAUAGCAACUCAGAAUCUUUAGGUUGCUUUGGGGACUAAGGAAGGCCAAAUAAAAUUAUUCGAUUUACGAAAGCACAUACCAAUUCAUAUCUAUUAGCAUUAAUAUAGAUUACCUAUCAAGAAGAUAGUUAUGAAUGAUGAUAUGAUUGUGUCUUGUGAUGCAAAGAUAUUAAAAUUCUGGUAGGGAAAUCGUUUGUUCACUAACAUAGAACCAUAAAGUGAAAUAAAUUCAUUUACUUGGGUUAAGAACUCAGGAAUGUUUUUAUUAGCAUUGGAAUAACCAAGAAUGGGCAUUUAUUUCAUUCCAUAAUUGAAUGCUGCUCCUAAAUGGUGCCCAUUUUUGGAUAAUUUAACUGAAGAAAUGGAAGAAGAAGAACAAUAAACAGUUUAUGAUGAAUAUAAGUUUUUAUCAUAUGAAGAAUUGGAGAAGUUGGAUGCAUUGCAUUUAUUAGAAACUGCUAUGCUAAAGCCUUAUUCACAUGGAUAUCUUAUUCAUUUGAAAUUGUAUUUGAAAUUAAGAUAGCAAAAAGGUUUGGAUUUUGAAGAUUACAAAUAGAAAAGAAUUUAAUAAAAUUAUGAAAAAUAAUUGGAAGCUGAAAGAAUCAGCAAAGGUUAUGUAAUACCUGAAGAACAACCAGAAGUUGAGUAGCCUGUAAAAUAGAUUGAUCCAAGAUUUUAGAAGAUGUUAAAGGAUAAUGAUUUCACAGUAGAUAAGAAAUCAGAGGCAUGGAAACGAGCUCAUCCAAGUGAAGUAAAAGUAAAGAAAUAAAUAAAUAAACACAAGAGAUGA